CUGCCAUUGGCUGAGAGGCGGAGAGGCGGGGCCGCCGCGCCCGCUGCGGCCAAAGCUGAGCAGGCGGAGGCAGGCGGCCGGCCGGGGAGGCGCGGGCCGGGCUGCAGCGUUCCGGCCUGGCCAUGGCAGCGGCGCCCCUGAAAGUGUGCAUCGUGGGCUCGGGGAACUGGGGUUCAGCUGUUGCAAAAAUAAUUGGUAAUAAUGUCAAGAAGCUUCAGAAGUUUGCCUCCACGGUCAAGAUGUGGGUCUUUGAAGAAACGGUUAAUGGGAGAAAACUGACAGACAUCAUAAAUAAUGACCACGAAAAUGUAAAAUAUCUCCCUGGACACAAACUGCCAGAAAAUGUGGUUGCCGUCUCCAACCUCAGCGAGGCCGUGCAGGAUGCAGACCUGCUGGUGUUUGUCAUUCCCCACCAGUUCAUUCACAGAAUCUGCGACGAGAUCACUGGGAGAGUGCCCAAGAAAGCCCUGGGAAUCACCCUCAUCAAGGGCAUAGACGAGGGCCCCGAGGGGCUGAAACUCAUUUCUGACAUCAUCCGAGAGAAGAUGGGCAUUGACAUCAGUGUGCUGAUGGGAGCCAACAUUGCCAGUGAGGUGGCCGCAGAGAAGUUCUGUGAGACCACCAUCGGCAGCAAAGUAAUGGAGAAUGGCCUUCUCUUCAAAGAACUUCUGCAGACUCCGAAUUUUCGGAUCACUGUGGUUGAUGAUGCAGAUACCGUUGAGCUUUGCGGUGCUCUUAAGAACAUCGUAGCGGUGGGAGCCGGGUUCUGUGAUGGCCUCCACUGUGGAGACAACACCAAAGCUGCCGUCAUCCGCCUGGGGCUCAUGGAAAUGAUCGCCUUCGCAAGGAUCUUCUGCAAGGGCCACGUGUCCACGGCCACCUUCCUGGAGAGCUGUGGCGUGGCCGACCUGAUCACCACCUGCUACGGAGGCCGGAACCGCAGGGUGGCCGAGGCAUUUGCCAGAACUGGAAAGACCAUUGAAGAAUUGGAGAAGGAGAUGCUGAACGGGCAGAAGCUCCAAGGACCUCAGACUUCUGCUGAAGUGUACCGCAUCCUCAAACAGAAGGGGCUGCUCGACAAGUUUCCCUUGUUUACUGCAGUGUACCAGAUCUGCUAUGAAGGCAAACCCAUCCAGGAGAUGUUGCUGUGUCUCCAGAGCCAUCCGGAGCAUAGAUAAAGCGAAUCAGGCAACAUGUCGGGGAAAGUGCUGCUUUUCCAAUCAGUCUUUUGGGUUCAAAUGGAAACCGGGACUGUGGCAACAAGAUGUUUGCUUGACUGUGAUCCCAUCAUGGAUGUGUAUGAAUUUUUACAGGUUCGUUUUUGAAUUGCUAGAAGCAGUUCAUUGGCUAAAAUGUACUGGUCAACAACAAGACACGUAUGUGGAUGUGUGAGUGUGUGUUCAUUGCUCGUUCUGUGGAUGUUUCUAUGAACCAAAAUUAAAGGUCCAUUUUAAAAAUUACUUUUGAAAUUUUCCCCCUGCAGUAUCUUAUAAGAUUGGAACUAUCUCAGCUAAACUUUUUGGAUCUAAUUCAUAUGUAUUUGAGUGAAGGAAUUUUUUUUCUCAUUCUUUUGAUGUUAAAAUUUAACCAGCAUUAACAUGGUAGAGUGGAGGAGCGAGUGUGUUCAACGAUCAACAUACUGUAACUUUUAAACACUAUCUCAAAGCCAGCAUAAUUAACUUCUUCGAUUGUGGAUUGAUCUUUUUUUUUUUAACAAUUAGAUAUUUUUAAUUGGUGGUCUACUUAUGUAUCUUCCUCUCACUGCAGUUUUCUGCAUUUUUAGCCUCUUUUAUCUUCAUUAGCUGCCAGAAUGUGCUUUCACAGAGGCCCAGGAUUGGCAGAAGACAGAAAGCUAAACUGGGAUUUUCCUGCUGUGACUGACACAUUCUUCUGAUUAAUGACACUUGUAUGAUGCUUUCUGUUAGGUAGUACUUUUGUGCAAACAUUUCCUUUAAGCCUCAUGGAUGCCCUGAGAGGGGGCUGCUAUUAUUCCUCUUUAUAGAUGCAGUCACUGUGCCUGGUGACCUGGCGAGUAGGGGCAGAGCCAAGAAUCAAGUCCAGUGCACUUCCACCCCACCAAGGUGCCAGAACCUUCUAAAACGUCACUGGGCUGAUUUGACCUCCAGCUAAUUGGUUGUGGCACUUGCCAUAUGCGGCCUUUCCUGAGGCCAUAGGAGGGCUUCCUGCAGCUGAGAUUUGUGUGGGUCGUUGCCUGGACAGAUGCCACUCCAAGUGUGGUCCUCGCUCCAUCAGCUUCAUUGGGAGUCUCUUAGAAAUGUACCUUCCCAGGUCCCACCCCAGAUCUCUGAAUUGGGGUAUGGGAUCCAUGCUUUAACAUGCCUUUUGUGUGUUUCUGAUGCUCACUACAAUUUCAGAACCACUACUUGAGAAAAUUUUUUUCAGAUUGGCAUUUCUCCAACCAUGUUCCAUAGGAAAUGAGUAUCCUGGGAUCCAGUGGGUGUUCCCGGUGUUCCCUGGCAAGGUCAAGUGGGUUUGGGAAAAGCUUUGUCUGUACACCGCUCUUGAAGGUAUAGAAUGUAUGUCAGUGUGUCAGUGGAGCCUGUUUAUUUAACCCAGCAAGUCCCAAACACAUUAGGUUAUGGAGAUUUUUUUGGCAAGGAAAGUUUCCAGGGAACACUGUUCUAGGCUGAGAUGACCUUGGGACAGCUCAAGUGUAUCCUUCACUCCUGGCAAGAAAUUAGGGUGAAUAACUAACCACCUGUGGUAUUGUUGGUUCUGAACUUUUACAGUUCAGGUCUGCCAUGAAUCUUUGAUGAAGCUUUAAGGUGACACUGUCAGGUGUAACCAAGUAGAUGUCAACCUCGCUGAAACGCACAUUAUGUGGAAUAAGUGCUUUUAAUUCUAGAAUUAGAAUUGGAAUUACUGUAUCUUCUUAAAUAAGAUUGGUUUCAGGAUAGCAUUACAGUUACGUUGCAUAGCACUUGAUAACUGUUAAGGGAAUCUAUGAAUGUCACUUAUAUAUUCAUGGAUUUUCAAUCACUUUGUGAGAUUCUGACCUUUUUUAUUUUCUGGUUUGGGACUUUUUUUUCCUUCUAUAUCUGAAAUCACUGUAGAAUAGAUUUUUGUGGGAAUUUUAAAAACUCUAUCCAGAACAUUCUGGGGGGGCAUUUUCAAUCCCCAUACACAGAGGUAUAUUGAAAGCACACGAAGUGGCUCUGAGUUCUGUUGAUUUUAGUGCCACUGUUAAGCUAAUCAACUUUUGAUUGUCUCAUGAUUAAUCUUUUUUAAAGUUUGUAUAUAGGUAAAAAAGUGUUAAUUUUUAAGAUACAUAAAGGGCUGUAAGCUAAUUGUGGUGUCUAUUAAGUAGGAUAAUUAGAUGUGCGGAUUUAGGAUUUUGUCUUUUGUAUAUUCUCAUCUUCAUCCAGCUUCCUACUCUGGGUUUUGUACUUGAGUGUUUUUUCUUUACAAACCCUCUCUUUGUCAAGUCCACUCUAACGUCUGCUGAGUGUACCUCUUGAACAUACUUAUAAUAUUCUGCACAUUAUGGAAAAAGGCAAAUUUUGUAAGUGUAUGCUCUGCUAACUGUAGAUAUUUAUUACCCUAUGAGUUAUCUAUUUUUGUAACCACCUGUGGUCCAUCAUUUAAUUCACGUUUCUUACUAUUAUGGUAAUAGGGAGAGAGACGUCUAGAAGAGAAGCUUAAUUUGUAUGAUUUUAGCCAAUCUGUGAAUGUAAAAACUACACUGUUGCCUUGCUCUAACCCAGACUACUACAAUGUGGAACAAAUAUCUAUCUUGAAAUCCAUCCUAGCAGGUAGAGUUGAGCUAAACUCCUUCUGGCUUUUCACUGAGGUCUUAACUAUAACAUGGCCCCAAGGCAUCGGCCCAAGGACAGGUGAGGUGCCAGCGCACAAAGGGAUCUUUCCUUUUUCCACUAGUUCUCUUCUGAGAGCCUUUUACUUACAUGUGUACUGUGUCUGUUUACAGAUUGUAGGUGGAUAUAAUUUAAAAGCUUGAUUGAAUAAACAUGUAACCCCCUAAACCUGUGCUACCGAUCCUAUCUUUUUUUAAAUCAGCUUAAUUAAUAGUUUUAUUUGUUUAAGUUAGCUCUUUUAUUUUCCUCCUGAGUUGUGUUGCAUUUACAACAAUAAAAAGGCCAUUUUUAAAA